AUGACUUACCAAGACCUGGACUCGCUGGAGUCGCAACCUACAACGAUGCGCCGAGAUGAAGAUCCGUAUUACCGUGAUGACCCAGCAUUUGACCAACUGGCCAAAUCCCUCGGCGAGCAGUUACAACACUUGAGUAGCAAGACCUCUCGUUUAGAUGAUGAUAUUGCUCGCCUGGGUACAAAACUGGACGGCCCAAGAGUACACGAACGCAUACGCAACGUUCUCCAGGAAUCAGUGGUAGAACUCAAGAAAGCUGGAGAAGGGUUUGACAAGAUCAAUAAAUGGGAAUAUGUCAACCGCACGCAGCGAAUGACUCAGAAUAAGCUAGUGACCGAAUACAAAAGCCUCCGAGCUCAAUUCGACACCCUGAAUCGUCGAGGAGAAGAAAAACUCCGCGAAAUAUCCCAGGCCGCGCAGCGAGACUCAGAGGCCGGUAGACAACCAUAUGGCGAUGCCGAACCCCAAUUUCAAGAGCAACAGCUUCUAGAGCCCCAGUUGGCCAACCAGAGCGAGGUGGAUUUCCAGGCCUCACUGAUCGAACACCGAGAGACAGGAAUACAGGCUAUUGAGCGAGAUACGCUUCAUUUGGGAGAGCUCUUCGAGUCAUUGGCCGAGAUGGUGGCAGGACAAGGCGAAACAAUUGACAGCCUAGACCACCGUCUGGAAGAGGUGACUAGUGACACACGAGGCGCCAAUACGGAACUGCGAAGUGCCAAUCGAUACCAAAAAAACGCGCGCAGCAAGGCAUGUUGUUUGUUCAUCAUACUCGCCAUAAUACUGGCUAUAAUCGUGCUCGCAGUUGUCCUUGGAUAG